AUGUACACAUCCGAACCUACAUUUGGAUCUGAUGAUUAUAGAUGUGAAAAUGAAUUUGUAACACAAUCGUGUGUAUUCGAACGGCAUAGUUUAAUAUCUGAAUUAAUCUUUUCAUCCAAAGAUGAAUCCUUAUCAAAUGAAUGUUGGUCUGCUUUUCAAUAUUAUUUAGAUGAAAAUGAAUACAAAACAUUGGUUCAGAUUCAGACGGCGAUAUAUUUUCUGGCUAUUUGUGAUGAUGUUCAAGAAUUACGUGCGAUAGAAAUCGAUGGACAAAACCAUACAGAUGAAACUGAAUGUCAACAAUGGAAAUGUGAUAAUAUUUAUACACGUUGUGAUGGAAUUUGGAAUUGUUUAGAUGGACGAGAUGAAAUCGAAUGUGAUUCCUUACCAGUAUUGUUUAACUGUUCUUCGGAAUAUCGAAUAUGUGUUACGCAGAAAACAUUUGAAUUUACUUGUUUAUCAAAACAUAAGCUGAAUGAUGGUAAAGUCGAUUGUCUCGGUGGUACUGAUGAACCAAAAGCCUGUGAAGUCGAAGUGAAGUAUUUCAUGCGAAGAGGAUUUAACUGUAUGAUUAAUGACACUCCGAAUUGUCUCGAAACGUAUGAAUUAUGUGAUGAAAAGAAAGAUUGUUCAUUUGGCGAUGAUGAACAAUUUUGUUUACAGAAUCGAUCAACACUACUGCGUGAUGAGCUUUGUCGCCCGAAAGGUCAAGUGGUCAGUUCAAAUAUUGAAAAAUUUAUAUGUAAAAAUACAGUGAGACAGGAAAAACUGAGAAUAAAACAUUUCAUCAUCGAAGGAUUCCAUGAAACAUCUACAAAGGAAGAAAAUACCAUUGAACUGUUCACCGAAUACAAACCCAUUAGUCUUCUUGACAGUCAUCGUUAUCUCCAUGGUCUUGAUUUACGUGUUUGGUUAAAUAAAUCAACAGAUUCUUCUACAAGUACAUGUCUUUGUCCACUAGGUUAUUACGGUAAUCAAUGUCAAUAUCAAAAUCAACGUUUAAGUUUAUCAAUAAGAUUUCAUGUUCGAACAGAAUCAUGGAAAAUUCUAUUUGCAAUAUUAGUUUUACUUAUUGAUGAUACAAAUCAACGAAUUAUUCAUUCUUAUGAACAAUUUACUUAUUUAUCAUUACGAGAUUGUCAAAUUAAAUUUAAUCUUCAUUUAUUUUAUACGAAUCGACCAAAAGAUAUGAAUAGAAAUUAUUCAAUACAUAUCGAUAUCUAUGAGAAAUCUUCUCUCACAUAUCGAGGAAGUUUUCUUUAUCUUGUCAAAUUUCUCUUCUUACCUGUUCAUCGUUUAGCAUUCUUUGUAGACAUUCCACUGUUAAAUUAUCAUAAAACAUCCACAUGUUCAACUCAUCAAUGUCAAUAUGCAAGUUCUCGUUACUGUAGAGAAGUGAAGCCUUAUUUAAUAAUGUUCCUUUCACACAUUGAUAAAAUUCUAUAGAAAUAAUGAAUAUCAAUGAAGGAAAAGAUAAGUUUCAGAGAUGAUCUCUCACUUUUCUCCUUUGAUUAUCAGAAAACAGUUCAAAUUACAAGUAGUGUCUUAUCAUUGAUCAAUAAUCUAAUAAUACAUUAUAUGAGAUGUGAACAAACUUUAAAUUAACAUCUAUAUAUUUAGAAUUCAAUGAACAAAUUCCUUUUGUAGCUGCUAAGUAUAUGAUGGAAGAUCAAUGAAGAUAAUCAUAAUUUUUCGAAUCAUUCUACUUUCAUUCCUUAUAAUUACGACAAGAAAAAAAAAACAUGAAAGAGAAAUAAAAUAAUAUCUUUGAAGGACUUUUCAAGAAAUAACACAUCAAUUGUAAGUA